AUGGGAACCGUUUCAAAGAAAAAUAAGGAAAGACGAAAUAAUGAUCUGGAGAAAAUCAAGAAGUAUGCAGAAGACUAUCCAUGUGUGGCAUUCGUUACAAAUCCGGAUCUUCCGAAUAUUAUGAUCAAGAAGAUGAGAGAGGAGUUUGAAGGAAAAGCAAAAAUUCUUUUUGUUAAGAAGAAGAUGGCAAGUGCACUUUACAACAUCCCAUCUGUGCCAAAGGGAACAUACUUUCUUGUAUUUGGACGAGAAGCUGCAAUGGAAACCAUAAAGUCAUAUCACUACAUGGAUUUUCUUGAAGAAAAUGAUGUUGCUCAGCAUCGCGGUAUCAUAGAAAAACAGGCCGUCAGAAACAAAAAUAUACAGGAACUCCUGCCAGUUUCUUGCAAGGAUGGACAAAUGCAGCUGACUGAAGACUAUGUUGUGUGCGAACAAAAAGAUACAAUCGAUGCUUCAAAGGCAGCCAUCCUUAAGUUCUUCGGGAAAAGACUAAAGGAAAAAAAACUACCUGUCCUUUGUAUCAUGCAGUCCUCAGGCUUGAUAAGAGUAUCUGAAAAUUAA